AUGCGGUUGAUAGGAUGCUUGCGUGCCACGAUUCUAGCCGCUUUAGCCACCUUGGCCUCUGCUGGGGUGAAGGGCUUUGGCAUCGUUUUUGAUGUCGAGCCUCCUCAUGGCUCCACGGCGGGCGGCACGGAGCUGCACAUCACGGGCGCUGGCUUCGCAUACGUGACACAGGUGCUUAUUGGCGGAAAAGAAUGUCAAAUUUUCGAGCCGAUGACGAAGGAUGGUGAGUUGACUUGCUAUUCACCAGCCUUGCCACAGCUUCGUGGACGCCGCAGUGGCCACGAAGUGGAAGUGUGGUUUACGUCAGGUCACCGCGCUCAAUGGCGCGGGAAGCUCUUCAGGACUUAUGAGAGAUUCACGCCAUUUAUCAAUUAUGUGCGACAGCAAGCGCUGCCUGUCAUGAACAAUGUGAGCUGGAGUGGCGAUCUCCUGAAGGAACUGGAAUUGAACCAGCAAGAAAUUUUCCUAGACACAGGUGAAAAGCGUAAUGCUACGGAGAUCAUGCAUGCCUACUUGGGCACUGGCAUUGAAGUAUUGGCAGACAAAGGGGGAAGAGAGGAGUUCCGCUGCGACAUCAUCGAGACACCCACGCGUUAUGAUGGAGUGUGCGAAGUGGCUGUGGGAACUCCAGCAGGUUACUACAACUUCACUUAUGUGAUGCAGGAUGGAGAAACUGGGAAUGGCCAUGGGCGAAAUCGUUGGGAUGUUGAUGGCCUUCCUUUGGUGAACCUCGAGGGCCGGGAAUAUGUCUUGGAGGUCUUCCCAACUCUGCAGUCCUUGAAGACCAAGAAGGUGGGGCGUCUUGGUGGCAGCCUGAUCACGCUGGAGGCCAACGCCUUGGAAAUCGGCAAAGGUGACUUCGCCUCGCGCCACGAGGUUCUCAUCGAUGGCGUGCCAUGCGAAGUCAAGGACAUGUUGAAGAGAGGCAACAAUCAGUCCGUCAGCUGUCUGGCGGGGAAGCUCAGCGAACGUUCCCCCGUGUGGCCGAAGCGCCUCCCCUUGGGCAGCUGGGCAACGGCUUGGCUGCGCUCAGAGCGCAUCGGCCCGGGCCCAGGGACUUUUGCCAUAGGGACGCCUUCACGGUCAGUCCAAAGAGCCUGGCAGAUCAGCGACCGAAUGGAGUUACUUCAUGAGAAGGUCCAGUGCAAUGGAGCUCGCUUUGGAUUAGGGACCACGCAUAGCCUUCAGGAGUGCGCGGACAACUGCUUCUGGAUGAACUGUCGAGUUUUUGACUUCAAGCGAGAGGUGGGCUGGUGCACUUGGUGUUUAGACCUGAACGACGAUCAGACGGACGUGCUGUCCACCACUUCGUCGCGCCGGCGGAAUUUUAAGACUGCAUCAGUGGGAGGAGUCUAUCGCUUAGCCACGACGAUGGAGAAGUACUUGAUUGACGAAGUGAAGCAAGGCCCCAAUUGGAAGAUCCUUUAUGCGAAUGGCUUGAGAUGUAAAGGUAGUGUUCACUAUGCCACGGCAACUUUGACUUCGGGACGCUUGACAGGUGCUAGCGUGCAGCAGUGCGCAGAUUACUGCUCUGCCCACCGGGCCAGUGUCAUGGCGAACUCCAUUGUGUGUGGCAGUGUGACGAGCUCACGAAAUCAGCAUGAAGCAAAGUUGAGGUUGUGGAAUCCCCCCACUCCAACCGACGAUGCAUAUGACAAAUCAAGAAAGUGA